AUGGUAGUGAAAGAGAAUGGCCAAGUGGUAGAGGCCACCAAACCAAACGGCCCAACCCAUAUUGAAAGGCCACGGAAGAAGGGCUAUGCACGAUGGACCAUUGGGCUUGUCGCUAGACUGUGUAUAUGGUACGCGCUCAUCACGCCCUUUCUCAGAUGCCCUGCCGACCUUGCAAAUCUUACGGAAACGUCCCCUCGAGUCUGCAAGCCUUAUCUGAUCGCUCGUUCGCACGUCGAUCCUUAUAUCACGCCAUAUUAUGAUAUGUAUGCUGCGCCUUACGUUGACCAAGCUCGCCCAUACGUAAAUGUGCUCAACCAGCGGGUAUACUCCCCGGCAUCAAAGGUUGCCAAAUCGGGAUACGAGAAGUACGGUGCUCCCGCUUUGGAACAAGCUCAGGCCUACGGGGUUCAGCAAUGGCAACUCCAGGUCACACCUCGACUGCAGACAGCUCAAGGUAGAGCCCAUCAGCUCUAUCUGGCUGAAGUGGACCCAUAUGUUCAGCGUGGCGUUUCUGCUGUUUUGCCAUAUUAUCAGAAAGCCAAUACCGCUGCGCUCUCUGUUUACUGGGGCCAUCUGGUGCCUUUCUACACCCAUUCCAAACCUUUCAUCGGAAAAGCUUACUCCACAAGCCAUGGCGUUCUGGCAACCCAGGUCAUGCCUGGUGCGCAGUAUAUUUGGUCCUCUCUGGUCUAUUUCGCCAACAGCUCAUUGUGGCCGCAUGUGACCGGUCUAUACUCCGAGCAAGUGGAGCCUCAAUUGGUUAAAAUUGGCCAGCGUUUAGCGAGCUACAGGGAGGGCAAACGACUUCGCGCCGUUGUAGAAGAGUUGGACAGCAGCUCGACCGUACAACCUGCUACCACCUCGGUCACCCAAUCCGAAGAGAAGCUGGCUAUAAGCACUGUGACCUCUACAUCCACUACGGAGGCACCCUCUCAACCCACCUUGACCCCUACUGAGCAAGCACAGCAGGCCCGUGAUCAGAUCGACUCUGACCUUGAGCGUUGGCAGAAAAAGUUUUCUCUUGCCGCUGAUAAGGGCGUUGAAGAUCUUGAGCAGCGCAUUGUUGAGAUCGUCUCUGCUCUGGUUUCAAGCAGUGCCAACAGCCAUGGCAAGAGUCUUUCUACCGCGCUCCAGUCAGUUUCUUCUGAACAAAUAUCAUGGAUAAAGCAGCGUAUCAAUGAGCUCGCAAAAUCAAUGCCAGAGGAAGAUGCUCCUCUCAUCGAAGAGUCCACUUCCAGUUUGCUUGUCAAGGACAUUCGAGUAUCUGCCAUCUCAGUGAGAGAUCGUGCUCAUGCCUUGCGAGAGUGGUCCAACUCGUUUGAAGAGGAGCUUGUUCGCCGCGUAACUGCCGCGGUCAACUCCACCCUUGAUGUUCUCGACAGCAUCCGUGAUUUAGGGUUGCAAGAAAUUGGCAUGCGCUGGGCCUGGAAUGAUGGUGUCACAUACAAAGAUUGGGCUAAGUACCAUGCCCUCAAGGCCCAGCUCGAGGAAUGGCGCAAUGAAAUCCGGCAUAUCGGCCUGAACCACAACUCUGUGUCAAAGGCCCGCGUUGUGGCCAAUGAGAUCUUGGACAGUGGUAUGCAUGACGCCGAAGAAGCUGCCAAGGAACUUAUUCGAUUGAAGGAUGUCGGUGUCUGGAAAAUCGCCGCUCGCGAAGUUAGCGAUGAUUUCGAAACAAGGACUGGAGAACCACCGAGACCUCAGCCCCCGGCUGAAGUUGAGGAACUUGACGAAGAAACCACCGCUGAUCCUGACCGCUUUGAAACAACCUCGGAGUUGAACUCGGCGACUGCCUCUGAGGCGACCCCUGCGAAUACUCUUAGUCCCGAUGCUCCUUCUGCUGGACUCGAUGCUGAACAUCUUGAUAACGAGGACGAGUCAUCCAUGGCUGAUGAUAUUGUGGUGGAAGACGAGCCCUCUGUGAGGCCUGCCUUCGGUGUUGCGGCUGCCGAAAUAAACUCGCCCCAAGUACCCAUUCUUGAUGACGAAGACCACGAGGAUGCGCUCCACAACUUGGCGAGCAAGGUUGGUGAUACCUACGCUGAAGCAAGCAAUGCUGUUAGCGAAGCCAUCUACGGUGUCUCAGAAACACCUGGAGUCGGCGAGAAGGCAGCUUCCUUAGCUAGUGACCAGUACGCUCAUGCCUGGUCCGCCGCCUCGGGCGUUCUCUACGGCACUCCAUUGAGUCCUGGUGAGAAGGUCGCCAGUGCUGCGUCUGAAAAAUACAGUGAGGCUGUUGCCGCUGCAUCAUCGGUCAUCUACGGGAGCCCAACACCAGUGGUUCAAUCUUUGUUUGGCGAUGCGAGCUCAGCAUUUGCUGAUUCUACUGCUCAGGCCAAAUUCCUCUAUGAGAUUGCAAAAUCCCAGGUCCUUGCCCAGAUGGCUCAAUCCAGCGCUCCCGCUCAUGUCCAGCUUUUGGCCGCUAUUGAGUCGGCCUAUUCUGGGUCCCUCCAAUAUGCCACUGAUAAGCUGGACUCGAAUCUCAACGCUGUUUGGGCCACCCCGACGCCAUCUACUGCCGGGCCUCUAGUCCAGAUUUCUUCUAUCGCAUCAUCUCGGUUGAACCAGGGCCUCAGCCUGGCAUCUGAACAACUAGCUCAGGUGCAUCAAACCGCAACCCCCACAGGCCCCUCUGGUCUAGAGCCAUUUGUUCUCGACGCACAGCGCCGCUAUUAUGAGGCUGUUGGUUUGGCUCAUGACCACUACACUGUCUUUGUUUCCGCGGCAUCCGGUGCUGUCUAUGGUUCCCCAACCCCAACCCCAGCUCCCGGGGUUUUCAAUGGAGUCAUUGAGGAAGCUGGCUCUCGAUACGAACGUGCUUCCUCAUUGGCUUCUGCCAGUCUUGCCGCGGUCGUGGCAUCAGCAAGUUCGGUUGUCUCAUCUGCGGACGACGGCAAAAUGCAGAGCAUCAUCGAUGAUGCUUCAUCUAGAUACAACGCUGCGAUUUCCGCAGCUUCCUCCUCGCUCUCUUUAGCUUCCAUAUCCGCUAGCUCGGCUAUCUAUGGAACUUCUACGGGCCCCCUGGAAUCCCUGUCCAGUCAAGCAUCUGCAAACUGGGAUAUCCUUGUUUCUCAAGCUAGCGAGCAAAUCUAUGGUGCACCAACACCCUAUGCACAGCAACUGGUGAACAACGGGGCUGCUCGGUUUGAGGCAGUUCAGAACAUUGUGUCCGAACUAAUGGUGGGCAAGCAGCCCUCUUUUACCGAGAGUGUGCUCAGCAAGCUCCACGCCGCAUACGAGACGCCUUACCCGGUUGCUGCAGUAUCAUCUGCUUCAAGUUACAUCAAUGAGGCAUAUGGAUCUGCAUCUUCAGCCGCCGCUGCAAUCGUUUCCGAAGCUCCAAGCAUAGAAGAAAUCAUGCAACAUGCGAAUGACCAACUCCAUGCCGCCGUCAACGCUGCCAGUAUUGGUAUCUAUGGAACUCCCAGGGGCUCCUAUGACCAAGCCACAGAUGCUGCGGCUGAUAUUUACUCGACGGCAGCUGCGCAAAUCAGCAGCGCUGUUUACGGCAAGGAAUCCAGUUACAUUGAUGUCGCCAAGAACGCCAUCGAGGAUAUCCAAUCCAAAGCUAGUUCUGCCAUUUAUGGCGAGCAACCCAACGCAGUGGAGAGCGCCACAAUCCGUCUCGCCGGUGCCGUUGAAAGCGCCAAAUCACGCUUGGCUGACCUAGCCGCCAGUGCUAGCAGCGUUGCGUCCGAGGCAGACGAGACCGCCGCAUCCCACGUCGAUGAUGCGACUAGCAGCGUGAAGAGUGCAGCUUCCUCAGUCAGAGAUGAGCUGUGA